ACGGCGGUGGCCCGGGAUCAGACCGCGUCUCAGGCGAGCCCGAGACGCGCCCCCAGCCCGCCAUGGCCCGCCUGCUGCGGGCGUCCUGUCUUCUCUCCCUGCUCCUGGCUGGCUUCGUCCCGCCGAGCCGGGGGCAGGAGAAGUCGAAGACGGACUGCCAUGCUGGCGUGAGCGGCACUAUCUAUGAGUACGGAGCCCUCACCAUCGAUGGGGAGGAGUACAUCCCUUUUAAACAGUAUGCUGGCAAAUACAUCCUGUUUGUCAACGUGGCCAGCUACUGAGGCCUGACAGGCCAGUACGUUGAACUGAAUGCACUACAGGAAGAGCUUGCACCAUUUGGUCUGGUCAUUCUGGGCUUCCCCUGCAACCAAUUCGGCAAACAGGAACCAGGAGAGAACUCGGAAAUCCUCCUCAGCCUCAAGCAUGUCCGACCAGGUGGGGGCUUCGUCCCCAAUUUCCAGCUCUUUGAGAAAGGGGAUGUGAAUGGGGAGAAAGAGCAGAAGUUCUACACGUUCCUGAAGAACUCAUGCCCACCCACCUCAGAGCUCCUGGGCUCACCUAACCGCCUCUUCUGGGAACCCAUGAAGGUUCAUGACAUCCGCUGGAACUUCGAGAAGUUCCUGGUGGGGCCAGAUGGCAUACCCAUCAUGCGCUGGUACCACCGGACCACGGUCAGCACUGUCAAGAUGGACAUCCUGGCCUACAUGAGGCGGCAGGCAGCCCUGACUGUUAAGGGGAAGUAAAUCAGGCCUGCCCCACCCCGUGUCCACCCUGCAGGGGCUGGGGAGGGACUCUGUUCAGGAAGGAGUCCAUUUCUCUGACCACACCACACUCCCACCAUAGACCCCUUACUAAUACACAAACGUGUGCGUACAAUUGUUGUCUACUGCUGCGCAUGUGGGUGUCCGCACACGUGCCUACAGGUGUGCAUGACCAUGUGUGUGCAGGAGUGUACAGCCACCUGCGUCUACCUGCGCGAAUACAGGGGACAUGAACCGUAUGUGUGCCCACAGCUGUGUGCCAUGGAGAGUGCUGGAGAACUCCCCUUUCUCUCCUGUUCUCUGUCCCAAUGAGAACCAUGCACUUUCACUGGAGCCCGAGUUAAAACUAGCUCCAAAUCCAACCGUUCAGUUCUGACCUGGACCUCAACCUUGAGGCCAGCAUCUCCCACUGCCUCCAAGUAUCACCACUGAAGUGCCCAGAAGUUUCUGGGUUUCCCAUGCUGCCCAAUCUCCACCAUGCGGCCUCGCUCCUUCCUGAAGGGCCCUCCAAAGCCCUCUCCCCCACCCCACAGUGCUCCCUGAGUAGCAGAGGCGGAUGUGGGAGCAAGGGCCAUGUCCCUGGGUCAGGGAUGGCAUCUUUAUGAAGGAGGGGCCCGAAGCCCUUUUGGGCGGUCCUCCCCUGAGCCUGUCUGAAGGGCCAGCCCUUAGUGCAUUCAUGCUGAGGCCCCUGGGCAGGGAUGCCACCCCUGCUUUUCUGGAGGAUGUGCCCUCUCCCCUCACCCUGGCUCUUGGUGUUAGAUUCACCCGUCUUCCCAGUAAAGGCGUUUCUGCAGCA